UCGAUCUGUGUUUAAAUAAUCGUUGUGGUCUGGAAGAAAGCUCAGUUUGCUAGCCAUUGGUUAACAGCGAAAGUACUCAGUGGAUUUUCAGCAGUGAAACUUCUGUUCGUGCAGUAUUGAUCUAGAACAAACAGUUGCCAACCGUACAAAAUGGCUCCCAACGCCAUAAUGUUUUUGAGCUUUUGUGUGAUAGUUCUCUGUCUAACAUGUGCUGCCAACGAGGCCGCGCUCAAUGAAAUUUCGCCUGCAAUGGAACCACAAUAUGACUCUGCAUAUCAUCAAAGGAUGGUGGUGGAUGAGAGUCCAUACCGGUAUCACAUCAGAACGGACAAGCGCUCAGCUUCAAACUUAGAUAAGCGUUCGUCUGAAAUGUAUCAGCAAUAUCCAACACGGAAACCGUCGUUGAGGUUAAGAUGGAAAAAACCAAUGGAUAAUUCAGACGAGGAAAUGAUGGGGGUGGAUGGAACUCUAACAGACCGCAAGCGUUCAACUUCAAACUUUGAUAAACGUUCGGCUGAAAUGUAUCAGCAAUAUCCAACACGGAAACCGUCGUUGAGGUUAAGAUGGAAAAAACCGAUGGCUGAUUCAGACGAGGAAAUGAUGGGGGUGGAUAAACGUUCGGCUGAAAUGUAUCAGCAAUAUCCAACACGGAAACCGUCGUUGAGGUUAAGAUGGAAAAAACCAAUGGACCAAUCGGACGAUGAAACGAUAGAGGUGGAUAAACGUUCGGCUGAAAUGUAUCAGCAGUAUCCAACACGGAAACCGUCGCUGAGGUUAAGAUGGAAAAAACCAAUGGAUAAUUCAGACGAGGAAUUGAUGGGGGUGGAUGGAACUCUAACAGACCGCAAGCGUUCAACUUCAAACUUAGACAAACGUUCGGCUGACUCACGGGAAGAUAUUGAUGAAGACUAUUUUAUUAGACACCGGAUUGAUAUUUAAGGACACAAAACUGUUCCCCCAGCAUGUUGGUUGCAGUCGGGAUAACGGUUUUUGGCUCCACCGAUCAUGUUCAAUGAUAGUUCAACAGCCUACAGAUAUUCAGAGCACGAAAAACAGGAUACCUUAGUAUUGCAAUACCACCAAUACACCAACUAUGAUGACAAAUGAGUCCAUAUAUGACCACAUUAAACGAUUGUUAAUUUGCGCACAAAUAAUAUGUUCAAAUAUUUUGUCGAAUAUAAAAAACAUCAAUCCGCUUCUAUUGCUCACGAUAACUGAUUCAGACAGGACCCUGUGCAACUCUAGUGAAGUAAAAUAUUCAAUUUUGAUCUUUGUUUUUCAAUUAUUAUCAUAGAGCACACUUACAUCACAAUCGAAGUACUUGUUUCUAUCAGAAUGGAAAUAAAUAAGAAAUAUGAAAAUUA